UGCAGUUACACCCUGUGGCCAGCAGGUGUCUCAGCAGGUGUGGCGGUUAGAGCAGGUCACCGGUUUAGUGAAAGUGAAACUCAGCGGCGCCAUUUCAAGACGAAGUAGUUGGGGAGAAAAACACUGUGAUAUGAACACAGGACUUCCAAAAUGAGUCUCUCUGAAGAACAAAACACAAAGAAAGAUGAGAGUCUGAUGGAGGAGAGAUCAGACUCACCAGAACCCAGCUGUGUGUCCCUGAAGAGUGACCAGUCAAUGGGACAUCCAUAUAAAUUUAAAGAGCAAGACUGUUCUACUGAUCCAAGCUGUGUGUCCAUGAAGAGCGACCAGUCAAUGGGACAUCCAUAUAAAUUUAAACAGCAAGACCAUUCUACUGAUCUUAGCUGUGUGUCAGUGAAGAGUGACCAGUCCAUGGGUCAUCCAUAUAAAUUUAAAGAUGGAGACUGUUCCACUGAUCUGGGAAUCCAAAAUAAGGAAUCCAAAGUUAUCAGAAAAACACAGAACCUUGAAUCCAUAUUUAAGGAGCUGGAACACAAAGUAAUCACACUGAUAAAGAACGAGCUGAAAAGGUUUAAGAAGUUCCUGAGUCCAGAUUACCCAGCAUGCACUGAGAGGGAGGUGGAGGUUGAAGAGGAUCUGCAGAGUGUCAGAGAGGGAGCACUGAAGAUCACACUGCACGUCCUGAAGGACAUGAACCACACAGAUCUCGCUAACACACUGCACAACAAGGUGUACCUGGUCUCUGAGUAUCAGCAAAAACUCAAGUCCAACCUAAGAGAGAAGUUUAAAAGAGUUAAUGAAGGAAUCUCACUGUAUGGAAGCUCAGCACCUUUGAAAGAGAUCUACACAGAGCUCUACAUCACAGAGGGUUGGAGUGGAGACGUCAAUAAUGAACAUGAAGUGAGACAGAUUGAGACAGCGUCCAGGAGACCAGCAACACAGGAGACACCCAUCAAAUGUAAUGACCUCUUUAAAGACAAGUCCAUCAGAACUGUGCUGACUAAAGGAGUAGCUGGAAUUGGAAAAACAGUCUCUGUGCAGAAGUUCAUUCUGGACUGGGCUGAAGGAAAAGCAAAUCAGGACGUCUUCUUCAUGUUUCCACUUCCCUUUAGAGAGCUGAAUCUGAUGAAGCAGAAAAAUCUCAGUCUGAUGAAUCUUCUUCAUCACUUUUUCCCAGAUAUGAAAGAAUUAACAUCAGUAGACCACAGUGCCUACAAAGUCUUGUUCAUCUUUGAUGGUCUGGAUGAGUGUCGACUUCCUCUAAAUUUCCAGCGCAAUAGGAGAUUGUGUGAUGUGACAGAGUCAGCCUCAGUGGAUGUGCUGCUGACAAACCUCAUCAAGGGGAAUCUGCUUCCCUCUGCUCUCCUCUGGAUAACCUCUCGACCAGGAGCAGCCAAUCAGAUCCCUCCUGAGUGUGUAGACCAGGUAACAGAGGUACGAGGGUUCAGUGAUCCUCAGAAAGAGGAGUACUUCAGGAAGAGGAUCAGUGAUCAGAGCCUGGCCAGUAGAAUCAUCACACAUGUGAAGUCUUCAAGAAGCCUCUACAUCAUGUGCCACAUCCCAGUCUUCUGCUGGAUUUCAGCCACUGUUCUAGAGAGAAUGUUGCAUGAAGCAGAGAGUGGAGAGAUCCCCAAGACUCUGACUCAAAUGUUCACAUGCUUCCUGAUCUUUCAGAUCAAACACAAGGACCAAAAGUACCAUCAGAAAUGUGACCCUGAUCCUCAGCAGACCAGAGAGAGUAUCCUGGCACUGGGAAAACUGGCUUUCCAACAGCUGGAGAAAGGAAACCUGAUCUUCUAUGAGGAAGACCUGGGAGAGUGUGAGAGAGAAGUGUCAGUGUACUCUGGAGUGUGUACCCAGAUCUUCAGAGAGGAGUUUGGGCUUCACCUGGGGAAGGUGUUCAACUUUGUACAUCUGAGUGUUCAGGAGUUUCUGGCUGCUUUAUAUGCAUUUCUCUCCUUCAUCUUUCAGAAGACAAAUGUGUUAGAGCAAAGCAGUAGCAUUUUCAGUUACUUCAGAAAUCCAACCAUGUCUGAGUUCCUCAGGAGUGCAGUGGACAAAGCCGUACAGAGUGAGAAUGGACACCUGGACCUGUUCCUCCGCUUCCUUCUGGGUCUCUCACUGGAGUCCAAUCAGACUCUCUUACGAGGUUUAAUGCCACAGACAGGAAGCAGCUCUCACAACAAACAGGAAGCAGUUGAGUACAUCAAGGAGAAGAUCAGGGAGAAUCCAUCUCCAGAGAAAUCCAUCAAUCUGUUCCACUGUCUGAAUGAACUGAAUGAUCAUUCUCUAGUGCAGGAAGUACAGCAUUACCUGAACACAGGAAGUUACAGUCGUCUCAGUGGAACCAGACUCUCUCCUGCUCAGUGGUCAGCUCUGGUGUUUGUGUUACUGAACUCAGAACAGGAGCUGGAUGAGUUUGAGUUGAGAAAAUAUGACCCAUCAGAGGAAUGUCUUCUGAGGCUGCUGCCAGUGGUCAAAGCAUCCAGAAAAGCAGUGCUACGUGGGUGUAAUCUGACAGAGGAAAGCUGUAGAGUUCUGUCCUCAGUUCUCAUCUCAAACUCCUCCAGUCUGAGAGAACUGCACCUGAGUGAGAAUAACCUGAAGGAUUCAGGAGUGAAGCUGCUCUCUGCUGGACUGCAGAAUCCACACUGUAAACUGGAGAUACUGAAUCUGCGUGGGUGUAAUCUGACAGAGGAAAGCUGUAGAGUUCUGUCCUCAGCUCUCAGCUCAAACUCCUCCAGUCUGAGAAAACUGAACCUGAGUGAGAAUAACCUGAAGGAUUCAGGAGUGAAGCUGCUCUCUGCUGGACUGAAGAAUCCACACUGUACACUGGAGAAACUGGAUCUGCGUUUGUGUAAUCUGACAGAGGAAAGCUGUAGAGUUCUGUCCUCAGUUCUCAGCUCAAACUCCUCCAGUCUGAGAGAACUGGACCUGAGUCGCAAUAAACUGCAGGAUUCAGGAGUGAAGCUGCUCUCUGCUGGACUGAAGAAUCCACACUGUACACUGGAGAAACUGGAGAUGUGGGACUGCAGUAUUACAGAUGCAGGUUGUGAUGCUCUGGCUUCAGCUCUGAAGUCAAACUCCUCAUCACACCUGAGAGAACUGGAUCUGAAUGAUAAUAAAACAGGAAAAUCAGGAGCAAAGGUGCUCUCUGGUCUACUGAAUGAUGCACAAUAUAAACUGGAGAAACUACACAUGACCAUGAGACCCGUCUGAUCUGAUCGGAGUCUCACACAGUGGGUUCUGAGAACUGAAUGAAGUCUUCAGCACCAACACAUACAGCGUGUCAUUCUCUAUUGGGUCUUUAGUGAUCAAACCUGUAAAUCUUUCAUGUUGUAUCUAUCAGAGGUGCCAGCAUCUACUGUUUAACUGUAUAAUUUAGCAUGUGUUAACCCUUCUUGUAACGAUUCACGAAGUUAUGCUUGUCUGCUUUUUCAGCUAAAGCAGCAGUCCAACCAAACGCCAAUAAAAUUCAGACUAUUAAUUUAAAACCAGACAGUUUUAUAAUUAACCCUGUAGAUAAUAAUAUAAUGAUAUCAGAUCAGCAAUUAGAAUGUUUUACUCCUCUUCGAAAGACCGAACUAAUUUCACUAAUUUCAUCAUCCAUAUCAUCAACCUGUAUACUAGAUCCUUUACCUACAUGUUUCCUCAAACAGAUAAUUCCAGAAACAGCCAAACCUCUUUUAAAGAUAAACAGUUCUUCCCUUAGCAUUGACUAUGUACCUAAAUCAAUUAAACUAGCAGUCGUCAAGCCUUUGAUUAAAAAAACCUGACCUCAAUCCCUGUCAAUUGAUCAACUAAAGGCCAAUAUCAAACUUCCCCUUUAUCUCCAGAAUCGUAGAAAAGGGUUGUAGCACAGCAGCUAUGCUCAUACUUACAUAGGAAUAACAUUUGUGAAAUGUAUCAGUCAGGAUUUAGGCCUCAUCAUAGCACAGAGACAGCACUGGUAAAAGUUGUAAAUGACUUACUACUGGCCUCUGAUCAGGGUUGUGUCUCCUUGCUGGUGCUGCUUGACCUUAGUGCAGCUUUUGAUACCAUUGAUCAUGCUAUUCUCCUCGAUAGACUAGAAAAUGUAGUAGGCAUUAAGGAAACGGCCCUUUCCUGGCUCAGGUCUUAUUUGACUGAUCGUUAUCAGUUUGUAGAUGUAAAUGGUGACUUCUCUUCUCAUACUAAGGUAAAGUUUGGUGUUCCGCAAGGUUCUGUUUUAGGCCCACUGCUCUUUUCUUUCUAUAUGCUACCUCUGGGUAAAAUUAUUCGUAAGCAUGGUAUUAGCUUCUACUGUUACGCUGAUGACACACAGCUGUAUGUUUCAGCAAAGCCAGAUGACAGACACCAGCUUAAUAAAGUUGAGGAAUGUGUAAAAGACAUUAGAAACUGGAUGCUUAUUAACUUUCUCUUACUUAAUUCUGACAAGACAGAAGUACUUGUACUAGGACCACAUGCAGCCUGAAGUAAGCUUUCUGAUUAGAUAAUAACUCUGGAUGACCUUUCUGUUUCAUCAUGUGCAGCAGUAAAAGACCUUGUUGUGA